GGCUUAAUCCGUCCUGAAGUAAGAAAAGUUUGUAUUAGCAAGGGUAGUACUAGUACUCCUCCAGACUCCAGUGAGUUGAUAGCUAGGAAAUUAGGAAUAGCCAUGGCCAGCUCUGCAGUUGUCUCUAAGCUUGCAUUGGCAGUGGCGCUGCUGAGCUUGCUCAUGGUUGCCGCUCCUGAUCAUGCGGAUGCAGCCAUGACUUGUGGACAGGUUGCCAGCUUAUUGACUCCCUGCAUCAACUACUUUGUUAAGGGUGGGGCUUUGCCGCCGGCAUGCUGCGGCGCUGUGAGGGGCCUAAUCACUGCGAGCAAGACAACGGCAGACCGUCAAGCUGUAUGUUCAUGCUUCAAGUCAGCAGCUGCUAGUAUUCCUGGGGUCAAUCUGGGUCUAGCUAACUCUAUCCCUGGCAGAUGUGGAGUCCAAUUCACUUACAAAAUCAGCCCUUCUACAGAUUGCUCCAGGAUUAGGUGAGCUCGAGGAGAUGCGAAUUGGAAAUUUGCAGUUUUAGAAGUAGUAAGAAAAUAAGCUACAAGGCGAGGGUCACUGGAAUAUUUUAUGUAUUUUCUUUCUCU